AUGCAGAUGAUGAAGAAACGGAUGGACUUCAUGAUGAAUGCCUUCAGAGGACGGGUGUCUAGUGACCUCAAUGACUUGGUCCAUCGAACUGAUUCACUAUUCACUGCAUCCGUUAGGACGUUCCCCCUACCACCAAAGUUCCGCAUGCCUCAGGUGGAAAGCUACGACGGAUCCAAGGACCCCCUAGAUCACCUAGAAUCUUUCAAGACCCUAAUGCACCUACAAGGAGUGGCAAAUGAGAUUAUGUGCAAGACUUUCCCCACUACUUUAAAGGGCCUUGCAAGAGUUUGGUUCAGCAGGUUAACGCUCAACUCCAUUGGUACAUUUAAGGAGUUGAGCGCCCAAUUUGCCUCACACUUUAUUGGGGGGCACAGGUAUAAGAAGUCCAUUGCAUGCUUGAUGAACAUUAAGCAAAGGAAGGAUGAGACCCUAAGGUUGUACAUACCCCACUUUAACAAGGAGGCAUUUUCAAUUGAUGAAGCUGACGAUAAGAUUCUUGUGGCCGCAUUUAUGAAUAGGCUACGAAAGGUCCUGAUACAGAUCAAAGACGAAGGAGCCCUGACGUUCCCUAGCAAGCUGAAGGGAGACCCUAGCAAGAGGUCCAGAGACAAGUAUGAUUGUUUCCAUCGUGGCCAUGGUCAUGACACAUCUGAUUGUUAUGACUUAAAGCAGCAAAUAGAGGCUCUUAUUAGGCAAGGAAAGUUGCAAAGAUUCAUUAGUAAGGAACAGAUGGACCAGCCCCAAGAACCAUAUGCUCGAAGAGAAAAUGAGAGCCCUAGGCCACCUCUGGAAGAUAUAAGGAUGAUUAUAGGGGGCAAUGCAACUUCCAGUUCUUCCAAGAAGGCAUGCAAGACCUACCUAUGA